AUUUUAUAUUUUAUCUUCCAGAUUUUGUGAAGAAAUAUCACCACAAUGACAUGGUAUUUAGAUGAAAAUCAUCUGGCAAUAUGUGCCAUAGUUACGGUUGCUAUGCAAUUUUCCUUCUUUCUAAUAGCAUGUACGUGUAAAUUUGAUAAAGUUACAGAUUUCGCUGGAGGAACUAAUUUUGUUGUUUUAGCAGUUUUAACAUUCUUUUUGCCGCAGACAUAUGGUACUCGGCAGAUAUAUGUAACAGUGUUUGUGGUUGUAUGGGGUUUACGUCUAUCAGGCUAUCUACUCUAUAGGAUCAUUAAAAUAGGAGAAGAUAAAAGAUUUGAUGAUAAAAGAGAUAAUUGUUUAGCAUUUGCAGGCUUCUGGGUUUUUCAGGCGGUGUGGGUGUUCACAGUGAGUUUGCCAGUAAUCUUUGUCAACGCUCCAGCCAGCGCUUUAAGAAAUACUAAUUUUACUCCGCAAGAUGGAGUUGGCAUUGCCUUAUUUAUCAUCGGUCUGUUAUCAGAAACCGUGGCAGAUAUUCAAAAAUUUAAUUUUAGAAAUAAUCCAGACAACAAAGGAAAAUGGUGUGCAGUAGGGUUAUGGAAACUUUCUCGCCAUCCCAACUAUUUUGGUGAAAUAACGUUAUGGCUGGGAUUAUUUAUAAUAUCAACUAGUAUAUUGGUGAACGGACAAUGGGCUGCUGUAUUAAGUCCUUUAUUUACAAUGGCCAUAUUGUUAUUCCUGAGUGGAAUACCUUUAUUAGAGAAAAAAGCUGAUGAGAGAUAUAGAAAACAAGAGUCAUAUAUUGUGUACAAGAAUAGAACCAGUCCGUUAAUACCACUACCACCUCCAAUCUACGCCAUACUACCUAAUCCCUUUAAAUGUCUCUGUUGCUGUGAGCUCCCUCUUUAUACAUACUCCGAGGAAGAAGAAAACGUCAUAGGUACAAGUCGUGCAACAACAGACCCAGUUCCAGCGUAAGACGAAGCAUAUAUUUUAAAAAAAGAAGACAAAAGUGUUUAGAUGCUCAAUGUAGUUGAAUAUUGUCGUUAACCCGUCUGUCUGUCGUCUUGUUAGCACAAUCAAGACUACAAUAAUCCACAUAUAUUUCUGAAAUUUAUUAGAGUUAUUCCCCUUUGUUACUAAAUAUUGGGGAUGCUUGACGGAAUUGCAAUCUUGUGACGCGGAAUUCAAUCCUGCCACAGUUCUGUCAGUCCCAACAAUUAAGAUUGUGUGAGUUUACUUUGAACGUAAUUAAACACAACGAAUAUGUUUCAGCUGUCAUGGUUAGUUGAAAUAUUUUCUCAUGAAGUUGGUUACAUGCGUUCUAGCCCUAAAUUAACAUUUUCACUCAAUUGUCACUUAACCACUGAGCCACCUUGGGGCUCCCUUUGAGGCUCCAAGUAAUCCUUGGAUAAAGAGCUUUCUCGGCCAACACCGGGAUCGACACUAACAAGUCUGUGCCUUUAAUCCUGGGACAACUCCUUUAAUAUCAUUGUGAUUGUGAAUCUAUGCAUCUGUAGAUAACUAACUCAUGAUAAUAUUUUCACUUUGAAGGAGAACUGAAUAACAAAUUACAGACAAACCAAAUGACGCUAAAUGCUUAUGUGCAGGACCAGACUGAUAUGCACUUCAGACAAGGCCAACUUCAGAUGUUUUGUAGAAACUAUGUUAAGCACUGACGUGUAACACUGGAAAUUUUCAAAUAUUUUGAUUUCAUAAUCUGAUUAAAACACAGGGCCCUGUUUCUCUAAAUCUUAUCUAAAGAUAAAAUCCAAAUUUUAGUAGAUACUUCAAUUUUGAUUGGCUAAGCACUCAAAUCAGUCAAAUAUUAUCCAAUCAAAUUACUAAAAUUUGGAUUUUAUCUUAUUUAAAAUUUUGUGAAACUGGCCCGAGAUCCUAUUUCGUUUCGUUUCUAAAGUUCAAAUAUUUGUUUUACUUACCUUCAAUACACGAGGAUCUGGAAGAGUUAUUAUAUAAUCAGCGUUCUAGUUGAUGGGAGGGAUUAGCCAAUGAACGGUCUGUUUUGGCAAGUUCUUGGUUUUUGGUGCACGGAAUUGUGGGUAGACAUUCACGGCAAAGACAAAGCAAAAGUUGUAUUUCCAAAUACCCACUUGAAACAUCAACACUGAUUGGUUAAUCAAAUGUCUGAUGCCAUAGGUUGAAAAGCCGCUCGUCCGACCUCUGACACAGCCUCCCAGUACAACUUGUCAGAUCUUCAUGUAGUGUAGGCCAUUGAAAGUUUAAAAAAAAGAAAGGAAAUAUAGAUCUGUAUUUUAAUCAGAUUUGGAGUUUAACAGAUGGGUCUAUUGUAUACGGUCAAUAAUGCACACCUCUGACAUCUGCACCCUAGUUCGCAUAGCACAAGUCUUAAUUACGUGCUAGUUUUCAUAAUAAUUUAUUUCUCAAUUUUAUGCAUUUAAAAUACUCAUUGUAACAUUAUGUAAAUAUUUCAAAAUAUAAAUCAAACAAAAUAUACUGAUAGGUGUGUUCGUGACUUAAAGAUACAUUAUGUAAGAUUUAGAUAAAGA